AUGGAUAUAUUCGAUAACCUACUAAAUCUGGAAGAACAGUUUUAUGAAGAAGGUUGGGAAGAAGGGCACAAUGAGAAUUUGAAAAAUAACUUUCUGGAGGGAAAGCAAUUUGGUUUGCAAGUUGGAUUCCAAAGAUUUGUAUUAUUGGGUCAAAUGACAGGGUUCUGUGAUGUAUUAGAUUCAUUAGAAUUGGGAAAUCAAAACUUGGAGAAGAAUGUGGAAUCUAUUAGAUCCUUAAUAAAAACGGUAGGGCUGAGUAAUAAGGAUGAAGAUGUUGAAAAUUUAGAAAAGAUUUUGGUAAAACUAAAAAACAAAUUCAGAACCAUAUUAAUCUCUGUCAAUCGAUUAACGAAACAAGAUAAGAAAAGAAUAAUUGAUUUUGAUGAUUUUGAAGAUCUUUCAAGAAUAAUUGCUGGUGAAGUGAAAGGUUUCGUUGAAGAUGAAGAUGUAGAUGAAGCAAAAACUGCACAAGACCAAGCUCAAGCAUGGUAA